AUGCUGAAGUUCGGCCCGUCCAGACAAGUCUGGGUCAGCCCCGAGAUGCUGGACAAAGUUUAUGAAAAGCCGGAGUGUGCAGGGAGGCCUGCAUCCUUCAAGGACCCCUUCGGCGAGUUUCUGUUCCUGGUCCGCGAUCCCAAGGAUGCAGAGCCAAUCCGGGAGAAGCAGAAAGCUUGGCUUGAGAAGAAUUUAGACGCGGCCAAGAUCGGCGAGGCAGCAAAGUCUGCCUUGGCCGAACAUGUGUGGCCUGUCCUCGAAGCAGCAGAGCAGGAGUUUCCUGCCGACCAGAUGCGGGUGGCGACAUAUUCAGCCGUGACCACUGCUAUGCUGGGAGAGUCCCAGCUCUCAGCCAAAGAGCUGGACCGGCUGAUGAGUGCCACCCGGGAGUACAGCGAGAUGAGGGUCAAGAAGAAGUUUGGGAAGGGCGCAGAUGGGACGCCGCCUGGUGCAGCUGACAUACGGGAGAUUGUGGAGGCGGCGAUAGGUCGGACCGGCCGCACUGACGUGGUGCUGCCACUGAUGGUGGCUGCUUCCAUUGGCGGCGCGGAGAUUUUCCCCACGCUGCUGCACUGGAUUUUCCUCCAUUUCGCACGUGAGCCAUCCCGCCAGGAAGCCGCUGCUGCAGCAGCCAAGCGAGGAGAUAAUGCUGAGCUUCUCUCCGAGGUGUAUCGAGCACUUCGCAGCAACGCCUACUCGGUGGCUCUUGGACCUCCAAGGAAAGUCCUGGCCGAUGCAGUGGUCGACGACCUGCUGAUCCCUGAGGGCGCGCUGCUUUUUGCGCUGCAUCCUGCCGUGGUGGACAUGGCUCUUGACCGAAGCCCUGUGGAGGAGGACUUCUCAAAGUAUGCCUUUGGGAUUGGCCCACGCAGCUGCCUGGGGCGGCCGCUAGCAGAAGCGAUUCUGCCCGCAGUCGUAGGAUGUGUGCUGGAGCGCUACAAGGUGUCGCCGGGAGGUCAGCUGAUCCGCCCGAACGCAGUAAAGAUGCGCUGGGAGAAGCGAGACGAGGAAGGAGCGGAGCAGCUGCAGCUACAGCUGCAGAAGCUCCAGGAGGAGUAUGGCAACUUCAGGCAGCAGACCGAGAAGAUCCAGCGGAACAUGGAGGCAGAGCUGGAGGACAAUCAAGAGACCAUCACGCACACGAAGGAGAGCCUUGCCCGCGUGCUGGAAGAGAAGAACCGAAUCGAGAAAGAGCGGGAUGCCCUGCACGCUCGCAUGGAAUACCAGCAGAAGGACCUUGAGACUGCGAAGGCAGAGGCUAUGCGUGCCAAAGAAGAGGCCUCAAAGCCUGCAGAGCCAAGCUCGCCAAGCAGCGCCGUGAAAGAGUACGAGGCUAAGCUGGCUGCACUACACGCACAGUGCCGAGAGGCCUCUGCUGCUCAGCGCGGCCUACAAGAGGGGCUUUCCGAGGCAGAGCGAGCGCUCGCUGCUGCUGAGGUGGAAAAGGAGGAGCUUCGUGAACGUAUGCGCGAGCUGGAGGGUCGCCUGGAGGAAGAGGUGGCUGCUGCCAAGAAGGCGAAGAAUGAGCUUGCCCAGAAGGUCCAACUGGAGGCGCAAAGAGAAGAGAGCCCUGGCGAGGAGACCAGGCUCAGGAAAGACUGGAGCUGGAGCGCGUCAGAGCGGCACUAG